AUGUCGGCCGCGAAAGCCUUUCCUGUCGGUGAAAACCCGUCGCCCAACGAUUACUUUGCCCGCUUUGCGGCGUUUUUGGACCGUCUGCUGGCCGACUUAACCCCCAGCGAGACGAAGGCUUUCUUGUGGGACCUUUUGGGCAUCCACUACCCCCUCCCAAACCCGGCCCCAGCUGCCGCUCAAGGCGAAUAUUAG